AUGAACUUUGAAGACGCUGAAGAUCUUAACGGUAUUAGAUUCAGUUGGAACACUUUCCCUUCAACAAAAGUUGAAGCCAACAAGAUUGUUGUUCCAAUUGGAUGUUUGUAUACUCCAUUGAUGAAAAGAAAUAAUUAUGAAUUACCUAUUGCCAACUAUGAUCCAAUCAUGUGUCAAAAUCAACAUUGUAGAGCUAUUUUAAACCCUUAUUGUUCAAUUGAUCCAAGUGGUGCUUGGUCAUGUCCUUUAUGUGGAUCAAGAAAUCCUUUACCUCCACAUUAUCAAGGAAUCAGUCAAGAUAAUUUACCUAUUGAAUUAGAAGCUACUAGUUCAACUAUUGAAUAUAUUAGUGCUAAAUCCAAUGGUGGACCACCAAUCUUCUUAUUCUUGAUUGAUUUAUGUCAAGAUGAAGAUAAUUUGAAAGCCUUGAAGGAUUCAUUGAUUGUUUCAUUGAACUUAUUACCAUCAAAUGCUUUAAUUGGUUUAAUUACUUAUGGUACUAUGGUUCAAGUUCAUGAUUUAGGUAGUGAAUCUAUUAACAAGUCUUAUAUCUUUAGAGGGGAUAAGAUGUAUAGUGAAAAACAAAUCGUUGAUAUGUUAAACAAACCAAUUUUGAAUAAUUUGAAUCAACAAAAUGGUUUCCAACCAAAUCAACAAGGUUUUAAUUCCUUACAAAGAUUCUUCUUACCUUUAGAAGAAGUUGAAUUUCAAUUAACUUCAAUUUUAGAAAACUUAUCAAGAGAUCCUUGGACUGUUGCUAAUGGUGAUAGACCUUUAAGAUGUACUGGUUCAGCAUUAAAUAUUUCUGCUAAUUUAUUAGGUUCAACCUUCCCUAACUUUGGUGCUAGAAUUAUGUUAUUUGCCAGUGGUCCUUGUACUUUAGAACCAGGUAUGAUUGUUGGAAACAAAUUGAAAGAACCAAUUAGAUCUCAUUCUGAUAUUGAUAAAGAUAAUGCUAAACAUUUCAAGAAGGCAACUAAAUUCUAUAAAACUAUCACUGACAAAGUACUUAAGAAUGGUCAUACAGUUGAUAUCUUUGUUGGAUGUUUAGAUCAAAUUGGGGUUUUAGAAAUGAAAGAAUUAUCCAAUUUAACUGGUGGUACUUUAUUAUUAUCAGAUGCUUUCACUACAUCCAUUUUCAAACAAUCACUUUUGAGAUUGUUUAACAAAGAUGAUGAAGGAUAUUUAGCUAUGGGUUUCAAUGGAACUUUUGAUAUUAAAACUUCAAAAGAAUUGAAAGUUAGUGGAUUAAUUGGUCAUGCUUCUUCAUUGAAUGCUAAAACUCCAAAUGUUUCAGAAACUGAAGUUGGAAUGGGUGGUUCAUCUCAAUACAAAUUCUGCUCACUAUCACCACAACAUUCUUACGCGGUAUUUUUCGAUAUUGCAAAUAAUCCUUCAUUACCACCAAAUGCCCAAAGUUUUAUUCAAUUCAUUACUUAUUAUCAACAUGGUUCAGGAACUUUUAGAAUCAGAGUUACCACUGUAUCUAAUUUAUUGACUAGUGAUGAAAGACAAUUAACUCAAUCUUUUGAUCAAGAAGCCGCUGCUGUCUUGAUGGCUAGAGUUACUUUACAUAAAUCCGAACAAGAUGAUGGAGCAGAUGUUUUGAGAUGGGUUGAUAGAAUGUUGAUUAGAUUAUGUCAGAAAUUCGCCGAUUAUAGAAAGGAUAGUGAUGAAUCUUUCAGAUUAAGUCCGGAAUUUUCCUUGUACCCACAAUUCAUCUAUUAUUUAAGAAGAUCUCAAUUCUUACAAGUAUUCAAUAAUUCACCUGAUGAAACUGCUUUCUAUAGACAUGUCUUAUUAACUGAAGAUACCAACAAUUCCUUGAUUAUGAUCCAACCAACUUUAACUUCAUUCCAAUUAGAUUCUGAACCUCAAGCUGUGUUAUUAGAUUCAGUUUCUAUUAAAGAUGAUGCUAUUUUAUUAUUAGAUACAUUUUUCCAUAUUUUGAUCUUCCAUGGUAAGACAAUCAGUGAAUGGAGAAAAGCUGGGUAUCAAAACGAACCAGAUUAUGCUAACUUUAAACAAUUGUUAGAAGAACCAAAACAAGAAGCUGCAGAAUUAUUAGUUGAUAGAUUCCCAUUACCAAGAUUCAUUGAUACUGAAGAAGGUGGAUCACAAGCAAGAUUCUUAUAUUCCAAAUUAAAUCCUUCAACUACUUAUAAUAGUCAAGAUUUAAUCAGUAAUGGAGCUGUCGUAUUGACUGAUGAUGUAUCAUUACAAGUAUUCAUGGGACAUUUACAGAAAUUAGUAGUUUCCGGAUCAUCUUAG